UUUCUUUCUAAAUAACUUAAAAAUAUAAAUAAAAAUGGAAGAUGUUGAUUAUUCUGUGAAAAAUCGUAAAUCACAAAUAACGAAUUUGAACACAGUAAAAUUUGAAGAUCAAAGUCAAUUGAAGAAAAAUUCUAAUAUUCUAAAUAAUUCAAAAAAUAUAACAAAUGAAAAAUUAAGAAAAUCGUCAGUAGCAAUUCUACGUAAUCGAUUUUUUCGCACCAUCUGGACAACGCGUAACACAGUCAAUGCCAAAGAUCGAAGAGUAUUCAUAAGUACUACACUAAGAGAAUUAUUAUUGUAUAUAGUGUUUUUGACAUUGCUACUGAUAAUUGCUUUGACGACUUUAAAUUCAAUGACAUAUUUCUACAACACAAGUAUAUACAAUCGGUUCGUAGUAACGGACGGUUCAACAACAUCUGAUAGUCCACAACCAUUUCAAAAUAUUCAUGAUCAUACAGCUAUGUGGAAUUAUAUCAAUGGUCAAUUAUUGAAUUCAUUAUAUUGGGAUGCAUGGUAUAAUCGAUUGAAUGUAUCAUUCAAUGAAAAAGAUUUUAUUGCUCAUGAUAAUAAAGUUUUAGGUGUUGCACGUCUUCGACAGCUUAGAGUAGAUCCAUCACAAUGUGAUAUACCUAAACAAAUGAGAGGUGUUAUAGAAAAAUGCUAUCCUGUUUACAGUACAAAAGCACGCUUUACAAAAUCAAUACAAAUACAAGGCAAUAUCACACCUAUUUAUACAAAAAAUGCAUGGAACUUUAGUGAUUCUGAUGUGACAGGAGCUACCAGUUAUUCUGCACCAUAUGGUUAUUAUGAUGGUUCCGGUUAUAUACAAGAUUUGUCUAGAUCAAAUGAUGAGACUGUAGCCAUUUUAAAUGAGUUAUUUCAAGGUCGAUGGAUAGAUCAAUCAACUCGUGCAUUGUUUAUUGAUUUUACAAUAUAUAAUGCAAAUGUAAACAUAUUUGUUAUAGUAAAAAUCAUAUUUGAAAUGCCUGAAUCAGGUGGAUUAUUUGGUAGCACUGUAGUUCAACCAGUUAGAUUAUUUCGUUAUCAAACAGUGACUGAUUACUUUGUUUUAGUAUGUGAAAUUGUGUAUUUGGUUUUUCUUGCCUAUUAUAUUAUUGAAGAGAUACUUGAGUUUUCAGUUAAACGUGGGAGAUAUUUUAUAAAUAUUUGGAAUUUAAUGGAUAUUACAAUGAUUGUAGCCAGUAUAAUAUGUGCAGCAUUUCUAAUAUAUAGUACUAUUAUUGUUUCAAACAAUAUGUCCUCAUUAAUUAAUGAUGUUUCAUCUUAUCCAAAUUUCGAUUAUCUUGCUUAUUGGUAUAGUCAUCAUAUAAGAUCAAUGGCAAUUUGUGUAUUUCUUGGAAUAAUCAAGAUCUUCAAAUAUUUAACGAUUGAUCGUUCAUUAAACCAAUUAACAAGAACAAUGAGUGUAGCUGCUUAUGAUUUACUGGGAUUUUUAAUUAUGUUUUGUAUUGUGUAUUUUGCUUUUGCUCAAUUGGGCUAUUUAGCAUUUAGUGCAAGAACAUUAGCUUACAGUUCAUUUACUCAAACAACUUAUUCAUUAUUUCGUAUAAUGGUUGGUGAUAUCGACUUUCCAUCUAUUCUAAAAGCUCAUCCUGUUUUAGGACCAAUAUUUUUUGUGACUUUUGUUUUCUUUGUAUUUUUUGUUUUAUUAAAUAUGUUUCUUGCUAUUAUUGAUGAAUCGUAUAAAACAACAAAAGCUGAAUUAAUUCGACAGAAAAAUGAUGUAACAUUGGGGCAUAUACUUAAAAAAAAAGCUAAAGAUUUAGCUAAAAGAGUUCAAAAGAAACGAUCUAAAUCGAUUGUUCGUAUAUUACGAGAAUAUGGAUUGAUGGGUAAAGAAAAAUUACCCUAUGAAGAUUAUCGUCAAGCAUUAAAAAGCCAUGGAUAUAGUGAACCAGAAAUUUUUACAACUUUUGUGAAAUACGAUGAAGAUGGUGAUAAUAAUUUAGAUUUAACAGAACAACAACAAUUAGCUUAUGAAAUUGACUUGGGUGUAAGUUUGAAUGUAAUUAUCAUUACAAUUUAUUAGUUCAGUUUUUGGUUAGAGACUAAAUAUUCAAAAAGAUAUUUGAUUACUAAAGUUGAGAAAGAUUUUACCGGUACUCAAUAGGUUGAUAAUGAAAUCAGAGUGAAAUUCAGUUAGAUGUAACUAAUAUGAACUCUAAAAUUAUAAUACAAAUUAGAUCCGCAAUCGUAGAAGCACCUUACUGAUUAGAAUUCCAAAGUUAUCAUACAACAGCUUAUUGAUUCUUGGCUUUCUAAAGGUUUACCGACUGAUUUGUAUCUUGAUUAAAUUUAUCAUAAAAAUAUAUAUAAUACGUGUUAAAUGUUCACUAUUGUGAAAUACUGACUUAUUGUCUUUAAUUAGUAUGUAAGUAAUGCAUUCAUAUAUGUAUUUGAUUUCUUAAAGUUUGAAGAGGUAUUAUUUCUUUCCAGUAUAAUUUUGAACUGACAUCCAUUCUAACAAUAGUGAAUCACAUCAAAUGCUAUUCUUGAUCGUCAUAUUAUAUUGAAUGCAUUUUUCUGAAUUAUAAAUUAUUGGAUGAUUCCCAUCGCAAACUGCUGAAAACAAGGGAAUAUUUGAUAGCUAUUUAGUUCAAGAGUAAAAAUCCCCAACAAUACUCACCGACGACCAUGUACAAGAUUAAACCCAUGACCUUUAAUUACAGUAGUGAAAACAGCAAUAUGGAACUACUAAGCUGAAAUCUAAUGAUUCAGAUUUUCAACUUUAGUUACUGAUUUCAGAAUAAUUUUCCAGAAGUUCCGAUGGGAAAGUAACAGAUGGAGUUAACCGUAUAAAUGAGUGAAACAAUUUAUCUGCCAUUGUCUAAUGUCCACAUUAUAUCAUUUCGAAACUUGAAUUUCAUGAGUUCAAUACCAUGUGUUUUGUGAAUGGUUACGAUCGUGGGGUUUUGAAUUAAGACAAAACAACUUUAUAACUCUUCCCACUCUUUUGUGAUUCCCCAGUUGAUGUCGAUAUUUGAUGACAAUUAUUUUCAGAUUGUAAAAAUGUUUCAACAAUUUACUUUUGUAAAUUAUUUCUAAUGAGGCUAUAAAGCACUGUAUGUUGGCACACGUACAACUAGAUACAAACAUGC